AUGGUGAAAUCAGACGUGCGCAAGGAUUACUAUGCGGACCUUGGGCUCCAGCCUAGCGCAGAGGCUGAAGACAUUAAAAAGCAAUUCAGGAAACUAGCACUCAAAUACCAUCCAGACAGGAACCCAGGGCGAGAAGUCGAGUUCAACGCCAAAUUCCAGGCCAUCCAGGCUGCCAAUGAGAUCCUCAGCGACCCUUCGCAACGACUGAAAUACGACACCGAUCGGUUACGAGCAGGCUACGGCAAGCAUUACGGACCGGCCAAGGCGAAUACCCAGCGCAAAACACAGACCCCCACCUAUCCUCCUCGUCCUGCACCAACCGCCUCGGCGUCUGCAAGCUCACAGUAUGCGAAACCCACCCCGACUACCCCAUCGGCCGGCGCUCAACGAUACGCAUCUCAUGCGCGUGCCGGACCACAACAAUUCAAACAACAGGAUAAUGCGCAAACAAGGGCAGAUGCAUUCCGUGGCUUUAAUAAUAUGAGAGGAGCUCAGCCAUCUGGAUGGCAAGGCUUCGAUCCUGCGACUGGUCGUGCCACUGGUGGUGUCCCAGGUCCUGGGGGACAGCGCCAUCCCUUUGGAACUUCUGCGCAGUCUACCCGGCCCAAAUCUGCCUUUGAGGCCCACAAUUCCCAUUCCAAAGCGCAGUCUUUCAAGAAGAAGCAGGGCUUUGCGCCUGGGGUAGCUGGUGGAGACGAACCAAUGGCCCGCAACACCUCUGCCUAUACCAAUAAUAGUCGGGCUGAGCGGAUGAGCAGCCAAUACUUCAAGCCUGCUGUGCCCCCAACUGCGAAGAAACCAGAAUCACCUGAGCCGCCUGAACCCAAAUCUCGCCAUUCAUACACCCCGGAUUUCGAACGACCCAGUAGAAGCUAUGCCCAGGCAGGCAAGGGCGAGAAAACUUUCUUUUCAAGUACUAGAUUAGGACGUUCCGCCACCAUGCGUACCCCUUCAGGUUCUUCCCAUCAAAAGGCGCAUACAGGCAAAAGCAGCCCUACAUCUGGCCGAUCUGGGAGAUACCGUAGCGCCAGCCCCUCGCCCAGGCGGAAUCCCAAUAACUAUGACUCCACCAGCUCCAGUGAAGGAGAAGAGACUAUGCCAAAACCGAAGGCUGUACCAAAGAGUCGACUCGGGCCGCAUCAAAAGUUCGCCGAUUUCUACAACGCAGAAACAGCAAACCCCAGAAAUGGUAUGGACGCCGCUUCCUUCCUCCGUGCAAAUGGGCUUCAAGAAGUCGACCUGCCAGAUGGACACACCUCGGAUAGCGCUGCUUUCCCAAAAAGCUCGUAUCGAUCGGACCAGCAGGCUAACCCAUCGGAUUCCUCCUCUUCUGUCAAGUAUGUUCGAUCCGCCUACCUUGAAGUUGUUCCGCCUCAUCUGACAGAUACUGGUAUUAGCACCGACUCGGCAAAAAAUGCGCAAAGACCCCAUUCUGCCGCAUUUGGACGUAGCAGCACAAGUGACUUGCACAAGAAGUUCUCUGCAGAUGAUUGGCGAGAUCAUUUGGGUCAGUUCGAUUUCUUGAGCUCUGUAUCACCAAACAAAGAGUCACUUCCAAGAUCGCCUGCCUCGCAGAAUCGGGGGCGUACGAAUAUUCGAAACGGACAGACACAAACUUUCUCGACUAGAUCACCACUGCCAAAUCCUUUUGGCCCCACGCCUCUGUAUCAAGCUUCACAGUCACCACAGCAACCACCAACCCCCUUUGCACAGGCAAAAUUCUCUGCAGAUUCAUGGUCUGAGCAGCUUCGAAAUCUCUCGUGGAAUGUACCAGAGGCCGAGAAAGCCAAACAAACGUCAAAUGCAGCGCCGCCUCGUAGCCCCAAGAAGCAGCCCAGGGCAGGCGUCAAAGUGCGGAGCGCUCCGCAAUCGGCAAGUGUUGCGACUGAAGCAGACGAAGCUAAAGAAACCAUCAAUGGUCAGGCUCCUGGGCCGGCUGGGACAGCAGCACCAGACGUUGAAGAGAUGGACCUCGACGAGGAUCUGCCUACUCCUCCGAGUAUGCCGCCCAAGGCCCCAGUCGAAGAACCAAAUAAUGGCAGCUAUCCUGAUUUAGCUUCUCAGGCUGUGCCAGAUGCACCUCCUGUGAAGAAGCCCAAGCCUCCCCAAAGCACAGACACUCGCACGCCUCUAUUUAACCUCGAUAAUCUCCGCAACACUGUACCAUUCACCAACCCGACUGGCGGAGGCAUCGAGAACCUAGAGGAUUUCCACACCACACUCCCCUUCGAAUCCCAAGCCAAGCAGCAAAGGACCACAAGAAACGACAUCCGACCUCGUGUACUGCAACUACCAAACCCUCCCAAACGACCCUGGGCCCCGAAACCAGUCCCCUUAGCACCAACCUCUAAGCAACUUGUCCUCCCCCGGGAAAAAUGGAACUGGUACGUUUCAGCAAUGGGCACGUAUAUGCAUGAAUGGAACGCUUUCAACGGCCGCAUGCUCACGCACUUUAAUGCGCGCCAAGAAGCGAACGAAACCGGUCUCGCGCCGGGCUGGAUUAGUGCCGUCGGAGACUCUACCCGUCUCAAAAUGAACGGCGCAGACGACGAAAGCAACGAUGGCACUGUCAAGACCAGUAAGGACUUUGAUGAUUAUCACGUUGACGAAUUCCUCGUCCCUGGUACCAGUAAGGGCGGCUUUAGUGCCUAUCUCCGCGGUAUCGAGGAGGAUAUACAAGUGCGCAAGCACUGGGAUGUUGCCUGUGAGCUGCAUCGGGAAUGCAUCCUCGAUCUCGGACGACUGAGAGAGUGGAUUCGGGAUGGCGGGAAGGUGGCUUGA